AGGCGGGAUCUCCCUCCAUGGAUGCCUCAGCCUUACGUAAAUACUCUCUCUUUUCUACCUAACACCAUAGAUAAAGGACAAUGACACUCCCCUGAAUGACACAAACCCGCAAUUGCCAUCACCAAGCAUGGCGCACGCAAUGCCCCUAGGUGAAAUACCUCCAAUCUACAAAAUUGACAUCUCUCUUCCUCCCGUGGAAAGAUACGUCCAUGUCGCAAAAGACUAUCGGGACCAGCUAAUUUCCAUCACGGGCCUUUUCGACGAACUCAUCACGGAAGCCCUUCCAAAAGCCUCCCUAAUAUGGAUCAAAAGGCUCUCACGCCUAUUUCUACAACGGCUGUAUUCCUGUGAAGAAACCGCCGAAAUCAGAGGAAUAAGCCAAGCCACAGGGAUCGAGAUGUACCUUCUAAUCUCAUUCAACGUCCUCCUAGAUCUGCUCAUGGGCUGCACGAGCGGCGCAGCCCUAACGAAACUCGCCACUACCUCCGGCGAGCAGUCGCGGCUGCUCCAUUUCCGGACCCUAGACUGGGGCAUGGAUGAGCUCCGGAAGUUGCUCGUGUGUUUCGAAUACGUCCGCGGGCCAGAUCACAACACGAUCCUGGCAACGAAUAUCGCAUAUGUCGGCUUCGUGGGCGUCCUAACCGGCGUCAGGAGGGGUCUCAGCGUUUCUCUGAAUUUUCGCCCCAAUCACAAUACAAGUAGCUGGGUGCGCAACUACCGCUAUUACGGAAGCCAUUUGCUUGUUCUGUUAGGGCUGCGGAGGUCUAUCUCGUCCAUGCUGCGGGGGUAUAUCCUCCCUCCCUCUGAUGGCUCGUCUGGAGCUUCUCUAGGCGAGAUCUGGCCUGUGGUAAUGCGUACGCCAUCCACGGCGGCGUAUCUGAUUUUUUGCGAUGGGGUCAACGUAGUCGUGCUUGAAAAGGACCAUCGAACUGCGCAUGUUGAGCGGAGUUCAUCUUUCAUUGUUGUAACCAAUAGUGACCAUGUUACGCCAUCUACGUCGACGGAGGGUCACCAAGGGGACCAUGUUGGCGCAGCUCUAGGGACCGGUGCGCCUGUCUCGGUUGCAGAUCUUAUCAUAGAUAGUGACGAACGGAGGGAUCUAAUGCAGGCCCACUGGGAUAAGAAACUCAAGAAAUCUCGAAAAACCGCCACAAACCAGGGAAACAACUACUCGACUGCCCGUCAAGAUCCUUUGAGACGUACGCGAGCUUCUCAGAAGCGGAGAGGCGAUUCGUCUUCGGAGGUCACGUCAAAUGGGUCUUCUUUGUCGACUCCUAGCUCUAAUUCGCUAGUAGAUUCUGAAGUCACGGCUUCGCUGAAGGAGGUUAUUCAAUGGACGACAACAUACCCAACUACCAACGAGAUGACUCAUUUUGCAGCGGUGAUGGACCCCACAGAGGGAAAGAUCCGUUGGAUUAAACGAUACUUGGAGCCAUUAUACAUCGACUAAGCAUUUAUGAAUUGACACCAGAUACCAGACAGUGAUCCGUGGGGAUUGCAGCUACCGUCACUAUUGGUUAAGAUAUACGGAAGAAUAUCGAUGCGUACGGUCCCAGCAAGGCAUAUCAAGAUGGGUAUCUAGACACGAAUAGGUGGCCUGGUCGGUAGUUUUUCAUUCAGAUGGAAUGUAAGAUAGAGCUGGUAGCAUCCCUCAGACCUAUGAAGUCUCCAGAAAAGAAUAUAAUAUAGGAAAAAGUUUGAAA